AUGGCGUCUCCAAACUCGAAGAAGUCGUUGUACCCAGAGGUAGAUCUGUCCAAUCCAGAAGUUAUUUCCUCUGCUGCUUUUCCAUCGUCCUCGUCUUUAUACCCAUCCAUCGAGACGAAAGACCUCGCAGAGAACCUGUUCCCAGACAACGAAUCAGAAGCCGAACAGCGGAGCCCUAAUUCCAAGCCCCAAGAUUCUCAGCCCGCUUCAUUUGAAUCUUUAGAAGAAGUCCUUAUUAGAGUUCCGGGCACAAUCGUCCAUCUUAUAGACAAACAGCAGAGCAUCGAACUCGCGUCCGGCGAACUCACGAUCGUCCGUCUACGCCAAGGCGAAAACGUCGUGGCCGUUCUUGCUCGCAUCGGUGACGAGAUUCAGUGGCCAUUGGCAAAAGACGAGGCCGCUGUCAAGCUCGACGAGUCGCACUAUUUCUUCUCGCUGCGCGUUCCCGGCGAUGCCAGGUCGGACGAGGAGGACAGAAGCGAAGUUGGGGAAGAUGAUGAGAACUUGUUAAACUAUGGAUUGACGAUCGCGUCGAAAGGGCAAGAGGGGCUGCUGGACGCUUUUGACGGCGUUUUGGAGCAUUAUAGUGCGUUUUCCGUGCAGAAGGUCUCGGCGGCGGUCGACGGGUCUGUGGCGGCGAGGGAGACGUCGCCGGAGGAAAUGGCGGCGGAGGGAAAGAAGAAGAUGUUGGUAGAGGGGAGUUCGGCGGCGUACUGGACGACGCUGGCGCCUAACGUGGAGGACUACAGCAGCGGCGUUGCGAGGAUGAUCGCCGCCGGAUCAGCGCAGCUGAUUAGGGGAAUUUUGUGGUGUGGAGAUGUGACCGUGGAUAGGUUGAACUGGGGAGAUGAGAUUUUGAAGAAGAGAUUGGGGCAGGGUUCAAACGCAGAGAUUAGUCCCCAAGCCAUGAAGAGAAUGAAAAGGGUUAAAAGGAUGACAAAGAUGUCGGAGAAGGUGGCCACUGGAAUCCUUUCUGGGGUUGUGAAAGUCUCGGGUUUCUUUACAAGUUCGAUUGUGAAUUCUUCAGUGGGCAAGAAAUUCUUUAGCCUUCUACCCGGAGAAAUUGUUCUUGCAUCCUUGGAUGGAUUUACUAGAGUUUGCGAUGCCGUUGAAGUUACUGGGAAAAAUGUCAUGUCCACAUCAUCAGUUGUGACUACCGGACUGGUUUCUCAGAGGUAUGGAGAGCAGGCAGGCAAGGCAACACAUGAAGGGCUGGGCGCCGCUGGACAUGCUAUAGGAACGGCUUGGGCUGUGUUCAAGAUAAGAAAAGCACUCAACCCAAAGAGUGUCAUCAAACCUACAACCCUUGUAAAAGCUGCUACUCAAAAGAAAUCUGCUGAAUUGAAGGCCAAGCAAAAAAAAUAAUCAUACAAGGAUUUCUUGUUGGUUGGAUCUUUCGAAAGGGUGGUGAAUUACUUGUUGCUUUUGUACAACUUUGUAAAGACCAAGCUACGAGGCAGCUGUUUUUGUUAUGAAGAAGUUGGAUUGUUGUUGUUUUUUUCUUUUUCCCUCUUCCUCCCGUUCUCCUUCCCUUGUAACACUAGGGCAUAACAAUAUAUAAAAUUUAUGUGUGUUAUAAUUGACCUGAAAUUUAAAUUUGAUUGAAAUUAUGACUUCGAAUUUAA